CAGUGGCACUGUCAUAACCUUACAGUCCGGCCGGCCCAACUCGUCCACUUCUCUCUCUCUCACCACCUUGCUCAGAACUGAGAUCCAUCGUCCUCCAACGCCUACGUCCGCUCAAUACGAAACACCCGUUAACACAAGUUCAUUAACAAACAAAGAAACAAAACAUCACAAAAACCCGAAACCGUUUCGUUUCUUCGUCUCUUUUCCUUCUCUCUUCAUUCAAUUGCAGAGUUAAAACGAAACAAAGACAACUAGAGAGAACCACAGAGAGAGAGAGAGGUAAAUUAAUGGCGCUGACGAGAAAACGGUCGAUGCGUUAUAUUUCGUCAAUCUCUGAACCGACUACGACACCCAUGUCAAUGUCUUCCUCCUUUUCUUCUUCGCUCGCGUCUUCUUCUCAGAAGAUUUAUCGGAUUCUAUCUUCCCUCCAAAUCCCUCCCUAAAUUUAGCUUGUAAUCAUUAUCCUAUAAUAAAUUAGCAAAAUCCCAAUCCCCCUUCUAAAUUUAGCACAAUUCUUUAAUUUCGUUCUCCCUCCCAGGCUCUCCAUUCUUCUCUCUUUCUCUGGGUUCUUAGCUUAGGUUAGUUGAGUUGGUCAGGUUUCCAGGGUCUUUUUUUCGAUGCAGAGUGGUGCUGCAGAGAAUGAAGUUAGGGUUAAAAGUUCUGCCGCUUCGUCCUCUCAUCCUGCAAACCAAACUCCUUCAGCCGCUGCUUCUCCUUCUUCUGCUGGUUAUGUUACUUCGGGUGUUAGUUCUGCGAUUCCAUCCGGUCCGGGUUUUACUUAUGAUGGUGUUCAUGCUGAAGAGAAACCGAAGAUCAAUGGAGUUGGAAAACGGAUGAUUGAUGAAGGGAUGGAGAGAGGAAAGCUCUUCACAUCGACAAUUCCGGUACCUAGCUUAAUUUCUGUUACUGCGGAGACGGCGGAGGCUUGUUCCAUGAACUUUGCUCAUUGCUAUGGUGUUGGAGGAGGGGCUGAAGAGGACGCCAGACUUGAACGGUUUCUGAAACUACAUCAGGGUCCCAUGGCUCCGGCGGUGGCUACUGUUCCUGUGCUACAAUCUCAACCAAGUUUUGUUCAUCUUGGGACUUAUUUCAAUCAUGCAGGGUCUGAGCUUACCACUGUAUUUCCUGGAAUAAAUAAUUCAUGGAGUCCACAAUCUGUAGGAAGUCCAUAUCAGUUUCAGUUCUUUCCAUAUAGCAAUAUGUGCAUUUCAAGUGCUGGAGCACCAAAUUUUAAGCAGAAGGUUGAGGUUUCUGGGAGCUCUCAAAAUCCCUCUCAUAUGGAAAGCUUUCUUGGCCAUAUUGCAAGUAGUUUUUAUCAAGACGCAGUGUUCCAACCUACUUUCAUGCCUAUUCAAGCUAUGUUCCCAAGUCUUUUUGCUACAGAAGUACGGGGCCCACCCUUUAAUUACUCCCUGUCUGCUGCACCUGUUAUGCAUGAGCCAGUUAAAGCUGUUGGUACUGCAGUGCCUACUCAUAAACGGAAGGUGGUUCAUCUGAGUUGCUCCAACAGCUUGAUUGUGAGUGAAGAUACAGAAGGAAAUAAAAAUGCUAAUUUGGAACCUUCAUAUAGAAAUCAAGUCCCUGCCUUGCAGGUACAUAGUGGAUUGGAAGGAACUCCUAUUGUAGGGGCAUCACCUACUUCUAGCACAGAUCCUCAGCCUAUGCAUGAACCUGAGGAUGGCAAGGAAAUUGAAGGAAGAGGGUUGAGAGUACUUGUGCAGAAAGAGUUGCGGAAUACAGAUGUUGGUAGCUUGGGAAGGAUUGUUCUUCCAAAAAAGGAUGCAGAGGCAAAUCUUCCUCCCCUAGCUGUGAAGGAUGGAUUGAUUCUUCAAAUGGAAGAUAUGAUUUAUUCAGUCAAAUGGCAUUUCAAGUAUAGGUUUUGGCCAAACAACAGAAGUAGGAUGUAUGUUAUGGAGAAUACAGGAGAGUUUGUAAAAAUGCAUAGACUCCAAGCUGGUGAUCUUUUUAUAAUUUACAAAGAGGAGAGCUCAGGAAAAUAUGUGGUUCGUGGUAAAAACGGAAAGAGAACAUUAUAUGCUGGAGAUAUGCCAGUCCUAAUAGACCAUGGCAACGCAGAGAAAAGGGUGAUGGGAGCAAAUGAGCAGCAUGGCCCAGAACAAGGAGCCUCGGUUUUGGUUGGUGGUUAUGUGGCCCCUAAUUCUACUUCUUUCGCAACUGGAGAGCCAUUUGAUUUUGAAAGCAACACUGGUGGGCCAUCUCAGUUUUCUCCACCACCUUUGCUGGAUCUUGAUCCUGAACGCAAUCCUUGAUUUCUUCCUUCCGCCACCCAACAGAUUGAUUAUUUUCACAUAGUUAAGAUAUUUUGGUUAAGGUUUUUGAUAAUUCCUUGUGCAUAGAGAGAGAGAGAGAGAGAGAGAGAGGAGCUUGUUGCUUUUCCAAUUCAACGGAAGCAUAAUAUUUAAAUUUUAAUCUGAGGGCGUUGAAUUUUAAAUACAAUUGAAAUGUUUUAUUCGAGCUUCUAAUUUUGUAUUUAUUUUCUCAUUUGUGGAUCUUAUCCUUGAAUGCAUAUACAUGGUGUGUUUUACUUUUCA